GUGACCUAAUACACUUCCUUUCUGAACCGUCACCGUCGGAGUGAAGGUGGUUUGUUUUGUUAUUUUAACAAAAUCUAAGAUCAUCGGCCGCAAGGAGCCACAUUUUUAAUAAUAACUAGUUACAAUAGAAUAAAAUAUGCCUCCAAAAUUCGAUCCCAACGAGAUUAAAUUCGUUUAUCUCAGGUGUGUUGGUGGAGAAGUAGGUGCGACUGCCUCUUUAGCCCCCAAAAUCGGUCCCCUAGGUCUGUCUCCCAAGAAGAUCGGUGACGAUAUCGCAAAAAGCACGGCCGACUGGAAAGGGCUUAAAAUAACGGUGCAACUUAAAAUCCAGAACCGACAAGCUCAAAUUUCGGUUGUACCUUCAGCGGCUUCGCUGAUCAUUAAAGCCUUGAAGGAACCCCCACGGGACCGAAAGAAGCAAAAGAACAUUAAACACAGCGGCAACAUCACUUUGGAUGAUGUGAUUAGUAUUGCAAGACAGAUGAGACCUCGUUCCAUGGCGAAAAACUUGGCAGGAACUGUGAAAGAAAUUUUAGGGACUGCUCAGUCUGUUGGGUGCACGAUCGACGGGAAGCUCCCGCAUGACGUUAUAGAUGAAGUUAAUGAUGGCAGUGUAGAAAUACCUGAAGAGUAAAUUUUAUACAAUAAAUCUGACUCAUAAGUA